AUGGAUGAUGGACUAAAUGUCAAAAAUGAACUCAUUAAAGAACUUAAAGAAGAAAAUGUAGAUUCUUUGCUUAAACUGGACUUGUGCCCAAAGCAGCGGGAGAUGUCCCACAAAGCCAGAACAUUUUAUAAGUACUGGCAGCGAAGGUUUAUUGCUUCAUUCCCAAAACAGCGCAGAGAGCUGCUUCGGAGGUGUAGACGAGGGGAGCGCCGGCGCUACAUCCGGGGGAAGCGCCGGCUGUCACGGCUGCGCGCCGUGGGAGGGCAAGGCAGGGAGCAAGGGGGCGUCGGAAAUGCCCCCUCCCGGUCCAGCCAUCCAAAGGGACGGAUCAGCAACAGAGAACCUGUAAGACUGAGCAAGCAAGUUUGGGAGGCAGACUGGAAAGAUUGCCAGCAUCUGGGAGACUUAAGUAACGGGAGCUUUUCAGAGGAUGCCCAGGGCAAAGGAUGUUGGUGGGGCAGAGCUGCAGAGGGUGCCAAGCACAUUCCUGCCAUCCGUGAGACAGAGCUAACAAAUGUCUCUCUUCCGCAGAUCUUGCGAAGACCAAAGCAGUCCAGCAGCUCAGAAGAAAUCAUUGAAGAAAGUUGCAGGUACAAGCCCUUAGAAGCAAAGCACCCAGAAGCUGGGGGAUGGAUGCUCAGGACUGCUUCAGCCCCUCCCAAUCACGGAGUGGAUUUCAGCCUUCUCCACAGAGUGCCUCUACCCAUCCGCUCUUCUGACCUGCCCACCACUCUCCUCCUCGCCUCCCAAUUGAAGAUGAUAAUAUCAUCCAACAAAAUCAUAGGCAUUAGAGUGUUUGUUGCACAGCAGUUACUGGAGAGAAAGAUGUUCUUUAUUUUGUUUUCAACUUCACAUCUCAGCAGCUUUGCAGAGAGCCUGGUAUCUAGCAAGGCGUCCUCAAAUUUUAUGAGGUUCCAUACUCUACACAGAGCAAGUCAAACAGCACAAUAAAUUGAUGAGUCUGGCGAUGAUAAAUAGAAGUGUCCCAUCUGCUGUUGUCUACCAUUUUUACUUUACAUUCCAUCGUCAACAAAAUGCUGUAACAGCA